CUCGCCCUGCCCCCAUCCGGCCGCGCCGCGUCCCGCGUGUCCCCCGGGCCUGUCCCCCCCGUCCCCGCCGGCGUCUCUCGGAGUGUCCCCAAAGCGUCCCCGGAGUGUCCCCAGCGGUCAUGGAGCCCCGCGAGCUGCUGGAGGCACUGGUGGCUGUGGUGGCCACCCUGAGUGAGGCGGCAGCCACCGUGUCUGGGCCAUACGGGGACGUGCUGCUGGCCAUGUCCCCAUGGUCCCUGCACAAGGCCCUGGGGACAUUCAUUGGCCACCUCCAGGACACCCUGGGCCACCCCGGUGUCACCUCCCUGGGCCGGGCCCUGGCCGCCCUCAGGGCCAACCAAGGGGCCACCUGGGCCCAUGUGACAGCUGCGGCCAGCGCCUGGCGGGACUCGGUGGCCACGUUUGAGGACAACUGGGCCCGGCUGGCCAGGGAGGCCACCGAGCUCCGUGACACCUGCAGGGACACGGCCACCAGGGAGGCCACCACUGCGGCCACCGCCAACACCCUGGCCGGGGACCUGAAAGACAAGGCUGCCCGCUGGGGGACAUCUCUGGACAGCCUGGUGGCCACAGCCUGGCAGCUGCCGCUGGCCCUGGACAAGGAGGAGGUGGCCUCAGUGGUGGCCGCACACGAUGCCCGUAUGGAGGCGGCUGCCAACGAGGAGGAGGCGGCCACCAAGGCCAUGGAAGAGGCUGUGGUGGCCGCCAACAAGGCACAGGCAGCCACCAGGAGGGAACAGCGGGCGGAGAUAGCCCUGGGGCCACUGGAGCGCUUGGUGGCCGCGUGUGACAAAGCCACCACGUUCCCCCGGGAGCUGCAGCGCCAGCUUGGGGACAUUGAGGCCGCCCUGAAGGGGACAAAUGAGGCAUCCCCCGAUGUCCCCGAGGCCUUGGUGGCCAUGGUGGCCAAUGCCGAGCGGCUGUGGGAGGCCAGCGCCCGCCUGGCCACGCGUCACCUGGUGGGGGCACUUGGGGACAUCCGCAGGCUCCUUUCGAGCCGCCCUGGUGGCCAUGCAGUGGCUGAGUGGUGCCAAAGAGCCACCGAGGACAUCCCGAAGCUGCUGCAGGGACAGUGAUGUCACUGCUGUGAUGUCAUUGGGGUGGUGACACCAUCGGAGACAUUGCUGGUGUCACCUGUCCCCUCCCACCGUCCCAGCACAGGAUUUGAGCCAAGUUUGGGGAAUUUUCUAGGAAUUUUCAUUAAAAUUGUCCCAAAUCA